CGACAAACGAUUGCACAAGGCCACCAAAGCACAGCAGCACUGCAGCACAAAAAUUUCAUCAGCGGCGAACAAAAAUGCGACGAGUACCAGGUACCCAUUUUCAGUUUAGCCUGUUACAAUCCUCCACACCCAGUCUCCUUCUUGGGCGUCAUUCCAAAUUAGUUUUUGUUUUUAGUUGUGGCAGUUCGAUUUGACCUGAGUCGAGUCACCCGUCACGUAUGACACAAGAUCACAAUCAACCUCGGACAACAUGGCAACGUUACCAUCUUCCGGGGCAUUGCCCAACAAUUCAUUGACGUGGAAGAAGAAUGGGCGAUCUGAGAAUCAGAUUAAACCGUUCGCUACAAUCGAUCUCCAUGGCUACACCAAAGAAACCGCUAUUCGUGCCGUGACCAAUUUUUUUGAGACGUCGGCACGCCAAGCCAAGCAGAGAAAUCCAUGGGUGAUGGUGAUCACGGGGACAGGGGCACACAGUGGAUCUUUGGGUGGGCCAAUAUUGAAGCAGGCAGUACAAAAAUUGCUGAUCAAGAGGAAAAUGGAGUUCUGCUAUUCGAAGAAGAAGGGAUUUUUUUACGUCAAUUGUCUCAGUGGGCACGUCUUGAAGAGCAAUCCAACGGCUCGAGAAUUGAAUGUUGCUGCUGGCGGUGGUGCUGGUGCUGCUGUUUUAGAAGAACCAAUCGGCCAAGACACAAAGGUCAAACUCAUGCAGCGACCUGAAUCCAUCGUUUUGGCCCCUCCUCCAGUGUUACGUCCACUGCACAAGAAGAAAGUUAUUGGAAAGAAAAUUCGAAAAGACCUUCAGACAUUUGCUGCUGCUCAACAAUCUACUCGUCCCACGCCACAACAACGCAUCAGUAACAGCCCUCUGCUUUCAGAAAUAGCAGCAGACUCACAAAUGAUUGAAAAGGCCAAGUCAGUAUCACUCGAGGACUCACGGCGGUAUCGUUCCCAAGUCGACAAAGAAAAGCAUCAAACGCAGCAAAUUCUGAAGAAAAGCCAGAUGGAGUUAGAAGAAGAAGCAAAACGAGAAGCAGCAGAGUUGGAGCAGGCUAUGGCGUUGUCACAAUUAGAACCAACCACUGCAGCAAAAACUCAAGAAGAGGAAGUGGAACGGAUCAUGAUGUUGUCACUUCAGGAAGCCGAGGCACGGGUGCAGUCGCCUCCCGACUAUAACGACGAAGAUGAUGACGAACUACAAAGAGUGUUGUCACAAUCAAAGUUGGAGGAACAGCUAAAUUCUGAAGAGGAAGAAUUGCAGCGCAUUUUGCAACUGUCCAUGCACGAAACCACUGUGGUUGACAACAAUACGGAACAAGAAGAGGAAGAAGCCUUACAACGCGUCUUGCGGCUGUCUAUGGUGGAAGCCACUGUUGGAAUGCAACUUGAAACCAAUCAUCAUUUGUGGGAAGACGAGAGUGCCGAAUUUGCUGACGAUGGUCUUGACCAAUGCAUGCCCUCGGCAAGCAGCCUAGAUCCACACUCCGGUGCUGAUGUCGUCACAAUUCAACAGACUGAACCCAUCGACACUGAGAGUGCAAACAAUUCGUCGGGCUUGCCAGCCGUUGGAGAUAUCGUACCUGAGUCUGGUCAGAAUGCGCAGGAUGGAAAAGAGGAAGAAGAGGAAGUUCCCUUACCAUCCCAAAUCACGUUUCAAAUGAAAGGACCGUCAUUGAAAUCCAAUGAUUUGGCUGACGACGAAGAUCAUGUGUUUUUGUCUCCGGCGCCGUUUGCCUACGGUGAUGGCGGCGCAGCGCUUUUGCACGCGGAACAGACGGAGCCAACCACCCAUCAGGAUCCUCUCGCACCUGUGUCAAUCGUACGGCCUAAUGAUGAAAGACACAAUAGCAACAACGGUGGCACUGCGCAUUUAAAGCUCCCCGGAUCCUGGCCGGGCUCUGCACCUGUGACGUCCAGCCAUCCCCCGUUCGGACAAAGCGGUGAAUCAUUGCCACACGAGUUGGCACCGACUCAGUUCCAGCUCCCCCAGGGCCCCGAUCAAUCGCCGCUCCAGCUUUUCGUUCCUAGUGUGGGUCAGGUUCGUCCAGUCUCGCUGCCUCAGACUUCACCAAUGGCGUCAGAACAGCUGCCUUUGCACCCAACACGUUCUGCUGGUGAGGCAUUGCUGGAAUCUAUCCUGUACAACAAUCCACCCCCCUUUCCCACGUCGACUGUAUCGGUAGAACGGCAAGUUGCACCGAUGCCCCCGCCACCACAAGAGAAACAGCAAGAGCCCGUUCUUACCCAGUCCGUCCUUGAGAAAAUCCUGCAACAGCCCAUCUUGCCGCCCCCAGCACAACUUUGAACACUGAAACCAAUCCGAUAGGUGCUCAUAUCUCCACCCAUCAGCACUCCAAAGCAGUCAUGUUCCCCCCCUCACAAUAAUCAUUCAGGCUGACAUGGAAAAAUGAUAACCCUCAAGGGAAAUUGGUCGUCCCAGCACAAUACGUGUAGCAUCCAACAUUGGGAGAGUACAGGUACACACGGGGUAUAAUGUAUAAAUUCUACUGUAGCUUGAAUGUUUCUUACUCGUACCGGC